GCAAUCAAUGCGGCGGCGAACAACUCUUCUAUAGAUCAGAAUUUGUGGCGACCAGGCAAAGAGGGCUUUCUGCUGCUCAAGCGCCUCGUUGCUCUUGCUUCCCUCAUGGAGAAACCCCAGCUGUCGCCGUCGUCGUCUCCAUCGCCCUCCCGCUCGCCGUCCGUCGGCUUGCGCCGGAUGGACGAGCUGGAGAAGGUCUUCGCCCGCUUCGACGCCGACGGCGACGGCCGGAUCUCCGCCUCGGAGCUCGCCGCCGUCCUUCGCGCCCUCGGCUCCGAUCCCUCCCCCGAGGAGAUCCGUAGCAUGAUUGCUGAGAUGGACGCGGACCGUGAUGGGUUCGUCGAUUUCCAGGAGUUCGCUGCCUUCCACCUCGACGUCUCCCGCGGCUCCGCGGAGGCGGAACUCAGGGACGCCUUCCGGAUGUACGAUCUCGACAAUGACGGGCGUAUCUCUGUGGAGGAACUCCACCGCGUCUUGAGGAGCCUGGGAGAGAAGUGCUCAGUGGCGGACUGCACGCGGAUGAUCCGAUCCGUCGACUCGGACGGCGACGGAAGCGUCAACUUCGAGGAGUUUAGAAAGAUGAUGGGCGGCGGCGGUCGCUGCGAUGGAGAGGGAAAGCCCACUCGAGCACAAGGCGAUGGGUUGACCAAAGAUUAGGUAACAGAUCUCCGAUAACAUUGCUAUAUAACUUCUAUGCGAGAACUAAGCUUCUUUUAUUGCUGUUUCAGAAACAUGACUAAUUGCUCUAAUCCAUUUGAAAUUUUUAAGGUUUCCUCCGUGAAUGUUAGAUAUUGUUCUCUAUCUGAACCUGAACUUCAAGUGUUUGUUAGAUUGUUUGACAAUGGAUUCCCUUCAGUUUCCUUUUCACCUCUGAAAA